AUGUGGUGGAAGCCUAAGAAAGGGAGAAUAGAUAGAGAUUUAAGGCCAUUAACUAAAGAUAGGCAUGCUUUGCAGUUGGCAGAAUACGCAGAAAACAAAAAAGAAGAGGUUGAGAUAUAUGUGGAUCAUUUGGUUGAUUAUGCUAAAGUCAUUGAACUUGUUGAAGGAGUGAAUGAGGGGGCAAAUGAAGAAAGCAGUAAUGGUGGUGUUAAUGAGAGAAAUGAAGAAGGGGACAAUGUUGGGGACAAUGUUAUUGUUAAGGUUGGUUGGGCAGAUAAAGAAGAUGGGAGUGCUGAUUUUGUAGGAGAGGGAGGAAUACAACAAGAGGGGGAUGAUGAUGUUGUUCAGCAAAUGGAAAAUGAUGAAGAGGUGACUAAUUCUGGUGAUGAAUCUGGUGUUGAUUCAGGGGAUGAAGAAGUUGAUGAAUUGGAUAUGAGUGAGGAUGAACGACACAAAUAUGAUAAUGAUUGUUUUGGGAUGGAAAAUAUGUCACGUAAAGAUGUAUCUCAAGUUUUAGACUGCUGGAAAAAAUUCAAAGAAGGCUGA